CAUUCAUUCACACUAAAAACUAGAAAAGAAAGACAACCGGCCAGUCAACUCAUUCCACUCCUACUGCAGCUGAAAUGAAAACAGCUGUGACAAACAUCAUCAUCAUCCUGGGGAUCAUCUCAGUCUCCAACAUAACAGUAACCGUCAGCAGCACAGACUUGGUGGAGUUCAACAGCUCCGUCAGUCUGUCCUGCUCCUCCUCUGGGUCCUCGCUCUCUUUCCUCUGGCUGAACGGCAGCUCUGUGGUUACAGCCACGGACAGAGUUCAGCUCACUGAUGGAGGAAGAAAUCUCACUAUAGUCAGUGUGAGCCGCUACGACCAGGGACCGUUCAGAUGCAGAGUGUCCAGUGGUGUCAUUAAUGGAAUCAGUGAGCCAGUAAACCUCUCCAUCAGCUACGGACCAGAAAGCAUAAGUUUGAAAACAUCCCCCACCAAGGAUUUUUAUGUGACAGGGUCUAACGUGGACCUGUCCUGCUCAGCUGUCUCCAGUCCUGCUGCCCAGUUCACAUGGUUUCUGAACAGAACCCAGCUGAAUGAUACUGGACCAGAACUCAGACUGACCAACAUUCAGACGUGUCAGAGUGGAAACUACAGCUGUCAGGCCUUUAACACCAAGACUCUGAGAUAUCAGACAUCUCAACCCUCAGCUCUUAAUGUACUGGUUUCAGAUAAUUCUGAAGAGUGUGGACGUCUUUCACCUGCUGCCAUUACAAGAAUAGUCAUUGCGUGUGUCCUGGUGUUUGGAGGAGUUUUAGCUGGAGGACUUUGUAUUUGUGUAAUUGAGAGCAAAUUACUUUACUUCAGUAGAAGCAACAGCAGCGCUCAACCACAUAAAACAGAACACAGAGACACUGUGUAUGAGAACAAUCAUGUGGCUCCUCAGGCUUUGUCUCUUGCUCCAGGGACACGUGGUUAAGUGGAGACUGUCCUGUGUUGAACUGGUGACGUGACCAGACUGAACUGUUCCACCUCCAACGGGAAACAAUGCUCCUGUUAACAGCAGAUCCGCAUGUGAAAAUGCACAUUCUGUAUUGCAAGAAUGUACUCAGUGUGUGUAGUGAUAUACAGUAAACUAUA